AUGAACCAGAACGGGGCUUACAAAAUGACACUUCUGAAAGAGUUACAGACACCCAGCCCCAACUUUUACCUUCUUCUCAUUGCUAAACAGAGGCAUGACGAGGAGGCACUGAUUGACCAGGGGAGAAGGAGCAACGGUGCCAAGAUUCACUAUGAGAAGGAGGAGUUGGAAGGCCACCGGACCCUGUACGCCGGCGUGCAGAUGCCGCUGGUGGGGCAAUGCCACCGGCAUCACCGACCCCACAAGCAGAAGCAUCGGGAACAGGAGGAGGACUGUGCCCCGACGGAGCGGGGCUACCACUGCACCCCGUCCCAGCGGGUGCAGUUCAUCCUCAGGACCAAGGAGGACGAGCAGCAUGUCCCUCACGCCUUGUUCACCGAGCUGGAUGAGAUCUGCGUGAAAGAGGGCGAAGAUGCCGAGUGGAAGGAAACGGCAAGGUGGCUGAAGUUUGAGGAGGAUGUGGAAGACGGCGGCGAGCGCUGGAGCAAGCCCUAUGUGGCCACGCUGUCCUUGCACAGCCUCUUUGAGCUGAGGAGCUGCAUCAUCAAUGGCACGGUGCUGCUGGACAUUAGUGCCAACAGCAUCGAAGAGAUCGCAGAUCUGAUCCUGGGCCAGCAAGAACAGCUCACGGAGUUUGACGAGCGCACGCGGGCAAAAAUUGGAGAAGUUCUUUUGAAGAAGCACCACCAUCAGAACGAGAAGAAAAGAAACAGCCUUCUCCGCUCGUUUGCUGAUGUGAGCAAGAAGGGGUCGGACCUGCACCUCCUCGACAAGCCAGCUCAAACACUUACCCCUCAUCCUUCUCCCACCACUGUGGAAGCUAAAAAUGGGGUGAACCAUGAGACCAGCACAACGGAUUUAAGCAAGGCGGAGCUGCACUUCAUGAAGAAAAUUCCCAGCGGGGCUGAAGCGUCCAACGUGCUCGUAGGAGAGCUGGAUUUCCUUCGCCAGCCCAUCGUGGCAUUUGUCCGCCUGACCCCGGCUGUCCUCCUCUCGGGCAUGACGGAAGUUCCCAUCCCAACAAGGUUCCUGUUUGUUUUGCUUGGACCAGAAGGAAAAGCCCAUCAGUACCAUGAGAUCGGCAGGUCCAUGGCUACUAUCAUGACGGAUGAGGUUUUCCAUGACGUCGCCUAUAAAGCCAAGAACCGGGCUGACCUCGUGGCCGGCAUCGAUGAGUUUCUGGAUCAGGUCACGGUCUUGCCGCCUGGAGAGUGGGAUCCAUCGAUCCGAAUCGAGCCCCCAAAAAACGUCCCUUCGCAGGAAAAAAGGAAGAUGCCAGGAGCUCUCGAUGACAGUGCUUCUGACAGUGAGCCAGAGAAGCACAGCGGUCCUGAACUGGAGCGGACGGGAAGGCUCUUUGGAGGUUUGAUCCUGGAUGUGAAGCGAAAAGCCCCGUGGUUCUGGAGCGACUUUCGGGAUGGUCUGAGGCUGCAGUGUCUGGCGUCCUUCCUCUUCCUCUACUGUGCCUGCAUGUCCCCUGUCAUCACCUUUGGGGGACUGCUGGGGGAGGCGACCGAUGGCCACAUAAGUGCCAUGGAGUCGCUGCUGGGUGCCUCCAUGACCGGCGUGGUGUUUUCCCUCUUUGCUGGCCAACCUCUCACCAUCCUCGGCAGCACCGGACCCGUGCUCGUCUUUGAGAAGAUCCUCUACAAAUUCUGCAAGGAGUACACGCUCUCCUAUCUCUCUCUGCGGGCAUGCAUCGGGCUGUGGACCGCCUUCUUCUGCAUCGUGCUGGUGGCCACCGACGCCAGCUCUUUGGUGUGCUACAUCACCCGCUUCACUGAAGAAGCCUUCGCCUCCCUCAUCUGCCUCAUCUUCAUCUACGAGGCUCUAGAGAAGCUGAGUCACCUGCGGGAGACCUACCCUGUGCACAUGCACAGCCAGCUCGACUUCCUCACCAUCGACUACUGUAAGUGUGAGGCACCGACGCAUCCCAGCAAUGAAACCCUGCGUUUCUGGGAGAGCAACAAGAUCAACGUGUCUGGCAUCGCCUGGGAAAACCUCACGGUGACCGAAUGUCGGUAUUUGCAUGGAGAGUUUCAAGGACCUGCCUGUGGACCCAAUGGCCCCUACACGCCUGACGUCCUCUUCUGGUGCUGCAUCCUCUUCUUCUCCACCUUUGUGCUGUCGAGCUUACUGAAGAAGUUUAAGACCAGCCGAUACUUCCCAACCAGAGUACGGUCCACAGUAAGCGACUUUGCUGUUUUCCUCACCAUCGUCGUCAUGGUGCUCAUGGACUUCAUGAUUGGGAUCCCAUCACCGAAGCUCCACGUCCCCCAUAUGUUCAAGCCUACCAGAGACGACCGCGGGUGGUUCAUCAGCCCCGUAGGACCCAACCCUUGGUGGACGGUGUUGGCUGCGCUCAUCCCAGCUCUGCUCUGCACCAUCUUGAUCUUCAUGGACCAGCAGAUCACUGCUGUUAUUGUGAACAGGAAGGAGCACAGGCUGAAGAAAGGAUGUGGGUACCACCUGGACCUUUUCAUGGUGGCCGUGAUGCUCGGGGUGUGCUCCGUGAUGGGGCUGCCCUGGUUUGUGGCUGCCACCGUCCUGUCCAUCACCCACGUGAAUAGCCUCAAAGUCGAGUCUGAGUGCGCAGCUCCAGGAGAACAACCCAAGUUUCUGGGGAUACGAGAGCAGAGAGUCACUGGCUCCAUGAUCUUUGUGCUCAUGGGCUGCUCUGUCUUCUUCACUUCUGUGUUAAAGUUUAUACCAAUGCCUGUGCUUUACGGCGUCUUUCUCUACAUGGGCGUGUCGUCGCUCGGAGAAAUUCAGUUCUUCGAUCGCUUGAAGCUGUUUUGGAUGCCGGCGAAACACCAGCCGGAUUUCAUCUACCUGCGGCACGUCCCCUUGCGAAAGGUGCACUUCUUCACCGUGAUCCAGCUGAUCUGCCUCGUCCUGCUCUGGGCCAUCAAGGUGUCCCGUGCCGCCAUCGUCUUUCCCAUGAUGGUUUUGGCUCUUGUAUUUGUCCGGAAAGCCAUGGAUUUCUGCUUCUCAAAGCGAGAGCUCAGCUUCCUGGAUGACCUUAUGCCAGAGAGCAAGAAGAAGAAGUUGGACGGUGCCAAAAACGAAGCCAAUGAAGAAGAGGAGUCCCCGAAAAUGAUGGAAGCUGCUGCUGCUGCCGGUUCAGUUCUGCUGAAACUGGGCAAGACCAGCAACUUGGAUAUCCCAAAGCAAAGCAGGGACAGGACUGAUCCUUGCGAGAUUAAUAUCUCGGAGGAAGUGUUGAAAACGAGCGUGUGGAAGGCUCUCACUAUGAACACAGAAACAGUCUGA